AUGGCCCCUCCCCCGUUUCGUGCCGAGCAUUUAGGUUCGCUACUGCGACCCGAAGAAUUACUAAAAGUGCGUGAAACCAUCCGCGACAAGGGUAUCUCCGCAGAGGAGGCAGGGCUGCCGGCAGUUGAGAAGAAGGCCAUUGGCGACGUAGUUAAACUGCAGCAGGACUUAGGCUUGAAGGCUGUCAACUCGGGUGAAUACAACCGUACCCGGUUUUGGGGCCUCUUCUGGGACGAAAUCGAGGGUACAAUUCGUCUCCAAGAUGCCGAUGCAAGCAUGUUCAGGCUGUACCACCCGGAUGUUGUUAGUCUGAUCGAGACAGGUAGGAAGGUCAUGCCUGGAGAGUCUGUUAUUGCCGGAAGCAAGUUAUCACACAAUCCUAGCAAGGCAGUUUCAAACCUCUCUGAACUUCAGGAAGUCCAGGCGUUCGUUCCCAAGAGCGAAUGGGGUAAUAUCAAACUUACCAUGAUCGCACCCUCCUGGUUCCACAUGAGGUACAAGCAAGGGAGGGCAUACACCCCGGAAGCUUAUGCCAACGACACCGAGUAUUUUGCAGACGUUUCUAAGGUUUACCAUGCCGAACUACAAUUGCUAUACGAGGCCGGUCUACGGAACGUCCAGUUCGAUGACCCUGGCAUGGCGUACUUCUGCUCUACGGAUUUCCGAAAAGGCUGGGAGGAAGACAAGGACAACAUAGGAACAUGGGAGGACCUUCUCGACGCCUACAUCAAACUAUACAAUGACUCCCUAGCCGGCUUGCCGGCAGAUUUCCACUCAGGUAUCCAUCUGUGUCGAGGUAACUUCAUCGGCGGAAGGCACUUUUCUGAGGGCGCGUACGAUAUCAUCGCGAAGAAGCUUUUCGAGGAUCUGAACGUGAACACGUUUUAUCUCGAGUACGACACUGAGCGUGCAGGCGGCUUUGAGCCUCUGCAGUUCCUCCCUAAGGAUAAGAAUGUCGUGAUUGGCGUCAUUAGCUCGAAGCUAAGACAGCUAGAAGACAAGGAGGAGACUAAGGAUCGUAUCUACAGGGCGGCGGACUUCGUGGCGAAGGGAAGCGGCCAAACCCGCGAGGAGGCUCUGAAGAGAAUCUCCAUCAGCCCUCAGUGCGGUUUCAGUACCCAUGAGAGUGGAUACCCCUUAACGGUAGACGACCAGAAGAAAAAGCUAUCGCUUGUAAGACAGAUAGCGGACGAAAUCUGGGGCGAGCCAUAGAUCUAUAUUAUUUAGAUGCGUGCCUACAUGACAUGGGAGUUUGGGGUGGAAGAUCCACGGUUGAUUGGUUGUGAUUUCGCAGAGGUUUAGCGACUCGCUCUUGGUUACUUCAACAGUCCAAAUUUAGGGUUAGAAAGGAUAAAGAUAAGGUGCCAUAGGGUACGGCGGGUGGUAGUACGGCGGGUGGUAGCCGCAAUUUCUUUUUUCUUUCUUUUUUCUUUUUUUUUGGGGGGGGGGGGGGGAUGCCCAUGGAGAAUCAACUUCUAAGAUGUACAUAACGGCAUAUCGGCAUGGCGGCAUCAGGGUCUGUCAGUGACAUGAGGGAAAUUUAAAAGGAAGUGAUACCAUUUGUAUGAUCUAUACAUGUCUACCAGGUAUAUAGGGGAUACGAUCGUGAGAUCAAAUGGGUCUUGCGGCUGCGACAGGUGUAUCUCGACCGGCCUCAAGAACCCCAUGGGGGGCGGAAUGUAUGCCAAGGGGAAUAUCGUGAAUCUCAAAGUGAUAUAACCACUUG